AUGAAAGUCUUGCGAAUACGCGGGACCGAGAAAGAGAUCACAGAGUACCACCGGAAACGUUAUAGUGAGCUCAUGAAGCAACGUCGAAAAGAGCUUUACUCGGAGCACAAGUGCUCCCCAAUAUCGACCAUGAUUAUCCCUCCCGUCUCCCAGCUCCCGCUCUUUGUCGGCUUCUCUUUGAUGCUCGGCCGCCUCUCACAGCCACCGACGCCCUUCGACUCCGAGUCCUUCUUAACCCUGACAUCACUCUCGCAUGCCGAUCCAACGGCCACCCUACCCAUAGCACUGGGCCUAAUUACUCUUGCUAAUGUUGAGACGUCGCGUUGGUUCAUAUCCGAGGACAAGCGGCUUGCAGCGAUCGAAAUCGAAAAGAAGAACGCCGAGAGGCGGGGAAAGGGAGAAGUAGUGAUUGAGCCCAGUAAGAUUGUGCAAUCUGCUCUACGGACAUUGUCGGUCGGUCGUAUCCUGAUAGGCGCAGUCGUUCCUGGAGGUGUCGUACUUUACUGGGUCACGUCCGCCGUGUUUGGGCUCGUACAAACAUGGGUCUUCGAUUGGUGGGAGUCACGUAGAAUCAAAAUUAGAAAGCAACAGUCUCCCCCACCCGCUUCUCCACCAUCUGGAACCCGGCAGUACACAUGGACGAAAUCAUAG